AUGAGCCUUUUGGUUUUGCUAUAAAAAGGUUUCAAAUCGAAAGCGGUAAUCCACAUUUAUAGUGAAUACACUGUUUUCAGCGCUUGGAAUUUUUCUACAAACUUGUCAAAGAAAUAGAAUAUGCCUCCCAAACCAGGUGUAGCCUCAAAAGGUGGAAAGAAAGCUGGCAAGAAAGCCGGAGUUGGUGGUGACAAGAAAAGACGAUCAAAACGUAAAGAAAGUUAUGCCAUUUACAUCUACAAAGUUCUGAAGCAAGUUCACCCCGACACUGGUAUCUCAAGCAAAGCCAUGGGUAUCAUGAAUUCAUUUGUGAACGAUAUUUUUGAGCGAAUUGCUGGUGAAGCUUCUCGGUUAGCUCACUACAACAAGAAAUCGACAAUCUCGUCUCGGGAGAUUCAGACUGCUGUGCGUCUGCUCUUACCUGGAGAGUUGGCCAAACAUGCUGUUAGUGAGGGAACUAAAGCUGUCACUAAAUACACAAGCAGCAAGUAAAGAGGGGUUUACCUUAUCUUCAUAAAACACCGGUUCUUUUAAGAACCAUCAAAUCUCAAAAAGAAUGAACUGAAUACUCGACGAAGUCAUUGUAAUUGUACUUAAUAAACCCAAAAUGUUUAUAUUAUAUGCGAUGUUUCUCACAAAUAUAUAAAUAACCUAAUAUUUAGUCACCUAAUAUUUAAGUUGUAAAAUAAAACUUUUAUCCAAGGAGAUGUUGUCUGCUC